GCGGUAUAUGAAGCCAUGGAAGGCCCUGAUUCUUGGCAAUUCAGGAACAGUUCUAGGUGCAAAACACAUACCCACAUCGAAUACUUCGUUAGAGACUUGGCAUCGUUGUUUAAUAUAGCAUAGACAGUUAAGUUAAGUCGAGAUGGUUCACCAACACGGCGACGAACACGAUAUUCCUGAGGAACAUCACGUCCCACGUCAUGGCGCCUGGCUUCCAACAGAUCACCGGGUCCAACACGAAUGGCUCAAGACGCAGAUCGAACAUGUCGAUAAAGCUCCUCAAAAGGAGCUGAUCCCGGUCCUCCAAGACUUCAAGAAGCUCAUCGAGGGAAACUCACGCAUCUACAUGUAUUUCAACCAGAUGUGGGAGGAGAUACCGCUCAAGAAGCCGUAUUACAAGGACCCGACGGGUACCAAGAAGCAAAUCCGGGACUACCGGCACAUGCUGGCGGUGCUCAACCACAUCUUCACACAAGCCCCCCAGUGGACCGAUGCUGCUUUCGGCGUGGGCAUGGUCGGGGUUCCUAUGGUGGGCAUUUUCGACUACGUGAUGGCUACACCUAGCGGCCAUGCCGCAUUCUUAGACCCAGAAGUCAAUAAGAUGAUGAAGAAGAUUUUGAAUGAAUGGGGCAAAUUCCUAAAGACGCCGAAAUCAGCCGAAGUGCUCGCUUCUCAUAAGCAAGGCUGGUUCUCCCAGCACGGCCUCAAAGAUCUGAUGGAAGUGGCCAACGCGCCGCUGAAGACGUCUCACAGGUUCGAGGAUAUGUACGUCUGCGACCCCUCGGCCAAGCAUUACGGUUACACUUCUUGGGAUGACUUCUUCACGCGGCCGCUCCGCGAAACCGCGCGCCCCGUGGCCUCGCCCGACGACGACGACGUGGUCGCCAACGCGUGCGAGUCGAAAGUGUACAACGUGGCGCGGGGCGCCCAGCUGCGCGACCGCUUCUGGAUCAAGAGCCAGCCGUACUCGGUGCUCGACAUGCUGGGGCACGACCCGCUGGCGGCGCAGUUCGACGGCGCGACCGUGUACCAGGCCUUCCUGUCCGCGCUGUCGUACCACCGCUGGCACGCGCCUGUCUCGGGCCGCAUCGUGCGCGCCUUCGUCAGGGACGGCACCUACUUCAGCGAGCCGCUGUUCGAGGGGCCCGCGGGCGGGUACGCCGGGGGCGAGCACGGCUCGCGGGAGCCCGGGGAUAUCGACACGCGCGGAAUUAGCGUCGCCCAGGGGUAUCUUACGGCGCUGGCGACGCGUGCCGUUAUUUUCAUCCAGGCGGAUAAUCCUGUGAUUGGGUUGAUGGCUUUUGUAGGCGUGGGCAUGGACGAGGUGAGCACGUGCGAGAUCACGGUUGGUCAGGGACAGCAUGUGCGGAAGGGAGACCAGCUUGGUAUGUUCCACUUCGGCGGCUCGUCCCACUGUCUGCUAUUCCGUGCUGGUGUGCCUAUUGGUGGGUUCCCAAGCCCGGGGCGGGAGGAGAAUGUACCCGUGCGAGGCCAAGUCGCCGUUGUCAAGCGAAAGUAAAAAUCGAAAUAUUAGACCUGGUAAUUAAGGCCUAGGGAACAUGUGA